CCAUAGAAGAUAACAUACCCUGUAAGGUUAUGUGCCUAAAUCUCAAACCUUAAAAAUGUUCCUCCUUAAACCUUAGCGAUCUCAACCACAGUCAAACUAAAACCAUUUUUUCUCGCACGACACAGACGCAAUCAACCUGCACGCGCCGUCGUAGUCGCUAUGAGUGAAUCCCAAGACCCGUUAUCCUACCCUCCCAUAGACCCCGUCAACUUCGAUCUCAUCAUCGUCGGCACCGGCCUAUCUGAAUCUGUCGUCGCCGCCGCCGCAUCAGCCGCCGGCAAAACUAUCCUCCACCUCGAUCCCAACUCCUUUUACGGCAGCCACUUCGCCUCUCUUUCCUUCCUAGACUUCACUUCCUACCUCACUUCCCCCAACCCUCUCCCCGCCGUCGUCACAACCACCGACUCCGAAUACGUUGUUGUCGAUCUCGUCCACCAACCCAUCUGCUCCGACGUGGAAAUCUCAUGCUAUGAUGAAUACUCGUUCCUCUGCGAAAAUUCGAGAAAAUUCAACAUCGAUUUGGGAGGUCCGAGGGCGCUGUUCAGCGCGGACAGGACGAUCGAUCUGCUGUUGAAAUCUGGCGCGGCGCAGUAUUUGGAGUUCAAAGGAAUCGAUGAAAGCUUCGUGUACGAACCGAAUGGGGGUUUGGCGAACGUGCCGGAUUCUCGCGGAGCGAUUUUCAGAGACAAGAAGCUUUCGCUGAAGGAGAAGAACCAGUUGAUGAGGUUCUUCAAGUUAGUUCAGCAGCACUUGGAUGAUAAUCAGGAGGAGAAAAUUUCGGAGGAGGAUAUGGAGAUUCCUUUUGUUAGUUUCUUGGAGAAAAUGAAGUUGCCGCCUAAGAUAAAAUCGAUUCUUUUGUAUGCUAUAGCUCUGGUAGAUUAUGAUCAAGACAGUAAUGAGGUUUGUAAAGAUUUGCUCAAAACAAAAGUUGGAAUUGAUUGUUUAGCUCAAUACAGCUCAUCUGUUGGAAGGUUUCCUAAUGCCCCUGGUGCGUUGCUUUAUCCUAUUUAUGGCGAAGGAGAACUAUCACAAGCCUUUUGUCGCCGUGCUGCUGUCAAAGGUUGCAUUUAUGUUCUAAGAAUGCCAGUUGUUUCGCUGCUUAUGGAUAAGGCUACUGGGCUUUAUAAAGGUGUUAGGUUAGCUUCAGGUCAAGAUUUAUAUAGCCAACAACUGAUUCUGGAUCCAUCCUUCACUAUUCCAUCACCAUUGUCUUUGUCUCCAAGAGAUUUUCCUUGUGAAAGGCUCCAAAUGUUGAGUCAGAGAGAUAUUAAAGGAAUGGUGGCUAGGGGAAUAUGCAUCACAAGAAGUUCAAUAAAGCCAGAUGUAUCUAAUUGCUCAGUGGUGUAUCCUCCUAGAUCUUUGUAUCCCGAACAGAUGACAUCAAUCAAAUCUCUUCAGAUAGGAUCAAAUCUUGCUGUUUGUCCUGAGGGAACUUUUAUUUUAUAUUUUUCCACUUUGUGCAAUAAUGCCGAUGAAGGAAAGAAUCUACUAAAAGCAGCCAUGAAUGCUCUUCUCACACUGCCUGUAUCCGGAAACACUGAAAGUAUUUCAAGUAUUCAAAGUGACAGUGAGGAUACUAAACCGAUUGUGCUCUGGAGUGCAUUGUAUAUUCAGAAAUUAAUUGUGAGUAAUUUUGAAUUGAUCAGCUCCACUUCUACACCGGAUGGACAUCUGAACUACAAUGACCUUUUAGAUGCAUCUGAGAAGCUAUUUCGUCAGAUGUACCCCAAUGAAGAAUUCUUUCCAAAGGCAACAUCACCCGAAGAUCCUACAGAUGAGGAUGAUAAUGGGUUAACUCUGGAUAGCUAAAUAAGGUAAAAAUCAGCUGAUCAUUUCAUGUCAGAACAGUAGGAGAAAGGAACUCGUGAAAGAUACACACGCCCAAAAAAUUGAGGAUGGGGAUUAAAAUUUGUAAUUAUAGAGGUAAAAAGUUUACAUAUCUUAAUUUUUAGAUGAACAAAAUCAAAAGAAGUCUUCAAGGCUAGGAAAAGUAUUGAUCAAUUAUUCUGAAUUUUUUUGGUAAAGCAUAGACAUACUCAUUUGAUGCCAAAUAUCCACUUAUGAGCACUUGUUGGACCAAGCUAUCACUUAUUAUUGAUGCGGAAAUGUGGAAAUUCCAUGGGGCUGAAUUACAGCGGUAUCGUUCCUAUAUCUUCAUCUGCAAUUUGUAUCUUAGAACAAUUUGAUUGUAUAAUAUUUGUAUGAGCAUUGGAUGAUUUGAAUUUGCUUCAACUGUGACCGACAUGAAUAUUGUAUGUUGGACGACUUAAUUUUGCCAGAGAUUGACUUAAUACAGAACAGAACAAUCAAAUGUCCUUUCACUUAAUAAUAUUUCGUGGUUAUACAUG